AUGUCCGCACCUCCAAAGGGAAAUGCUGUCAAAGCAAAAGACCAGGGCUCGUUCGACAUUGGUCUCAAAGAUGUCGAGCAUGGAAAGGUCGUCACUCGUUUCCCGCCAGAGCCUUCGGGUUACUUGCACAUUGGUCACGCCAAAGCAGCGCUCCUCAACGACUACUUUGCCCGUCUUUACGACGGUCAGCUUAUCGUGCGAUUCGACGACACCAACCCCUCUAAGGAAAAGACAGAGUUCGAGGAGUCCAUCAAGGAGGAUCUCACCCUGCUGGGCAUCAAGCCCGACAAGAUCACCUACACCUCCGACAGCUUCGACCUUCUCUACAACUACGCCUUGCAGUUGAUCCAGGAGGGAAAAGCGUAUGUGGAUGACACAGAUGUGACCACCAUGCGGACUGAGCGGAUGGAGGGUAUCGAGUCAAAGUGCCGCAACCAGUCGGUCGAGGAGAACCUGCGUCGCUUCGACGAGAUGAAGAACGGCACCGAGUUUGGUCUCACCUGCGUGCUUCGGGCAAAGAUCGACUACAAGAACAAGAACAAGGCCCUGCGCGACCCUGCUCUCUACAGGUGUAAUGUCGAGGACCCUCACCACCGCACUGGCCGAAAGUGGAAGAUCUACCCCAUCUACGAUUUCGCCUGCCCCGUCGUCGACUCCAUUGAGGGCGUCACCCACGCGCUUCGUACGAACGAGUACAGGGACCGGAACCCGCAAUACGAGUGGGUACUCAAAGCGCUCAACCUCCGCCAGGUCCAUAUAUGGGAUUUCAGUCGUUUGAACUUUGUUUACACCCUCCUGUCCAAGAGGAAGCUGACCUGGUUCGUCAACGAGGGCGUGGUGACGGGCUGGGACGACCCGCGCUUCCCCACCGUCCGCGGAAUCCGUCGUCGUGGUAUGACCAUCGAGGCCCUGAGGCAGUACAUCCUCAUGCAGGGCGCGUCGCAGAAGAACCUGGAGUUGGAGUGGGACAAGAUCUGGGCCCUGAACAAGAAGGUCAUCGACCCCAUCUCCCCGCGUCACACUGCCCUCAACCUGGACAAAAUUACCCCCGUCAAAGUCGUGGGCGAGGACGUCCCCACAACGACCAAGAAGAUGCCCAAGCACAAAAAGAACCCCGACGUCGGCGAAAAGAUCACCACCUUCUCCGGCGAGCUCUACCUCGACUUUGACGACGCCAAGGAGCUCGUUGUCGGCGAGGAAGUCACCUUCAUGGACUGGGGCAACGUCUUCAUCGACGCCGUGCGCUGGUCCGGCGACAAAUCCCACAUCACCCAGGUCGACAUCAAACUCAACCUCCAGGGAGACUUUAAGCUCACCAAGAAGAAACUCACCUGGCUCUCCCGCGCACAAGGCGGCGAGGACUCCACGCCCGUGAAAGCCACCCUCUUUGACUACGACUACCUGAUCACCAAGAAAAAGCUCGAGGCCGACGACGAGGUCUCCCAGUUCGUCACGCCCGUGUCGGAGUUCAAGACAAACGUCCUCGGCGACGCUAACCUCCGCCACCUCAAGAAGGGCGAGACCCUCCAGCUCGAGCGCCGCGGCUACUACAUCUGCGACGUCCCCUACGACGCAUCCAAACCCGACGAACCGAUCCACCUCAUCGCGAUUCCCGACGGUCGAACAGCGUCGAUGGUCUCCAAAGCAUCCGAGCCGAAAGACGCUACUGCAACCACUACCGCCGCCGGUGCCGCCACUGGUACUGAAUCGAAAGGCGGUCGUGAACGCAAACAAGCCCGUGAAGCCAAAAAAGAGAAAAAAGCCUCCGCGGGCGCCGGCUCGGGUACAUCAAAGAUGUACAAAGUGAAACCGGUCUACUCGGACACCAUCUCCAUCGACCCCACCAAGAUCAGCAAAAUGUACACCGUCAAGAACGUCUACGGCGACAACAUCGACGACGCCGUAACCACCGCCACCGAGAAAAACAUCGCGAAACCAGUCACCGCCCUCCCCAACGACGACAAAUUCCCCGCCCCCGAAAAACAAUCCAAGCCCAAGAAGGAGAAACCCGUCUCGUCCACGCCCGCGGAAGGUUCCACCUCCCCCGCAACCCUCCUCUCGAAAUUAGACAUUGUAGUCGGCAAGAUCGUCGACGUCAAACGACACCCGGACGCUGAUUCGUUGUACGUUGAGCAGAUCGAUGUCGGGGAGGAGAAACCGAGGGAGAUCAUUUCGGGGCUUGUGAAGUUUAUCCCGAUGGAGGAGGUCAAGGGCGCGAUGGUGCUUGUGUUGAAGAAUUUGAAGCCUAUCAGCAUGCGCGGCAUAAAAUCCUACGGCAUGGUCCUCUGCGCCUCGUCCGCGGACCACACACAAGUCGAAUUCCUCAUCCCGCCCGCGGAUUCCACCCCGGGCGACAAAGUCUACUUCGACACCCUCACCGACGGCACCGAGCCGCCCGAGGCGGUGCUGAACCCGAAGAAGAAGGUGUGGGAGGCCGUGCAGCCGGGGUUCAGGGUCAGCGACGACCUGGAGGCCGGGUGGGAGGGCAGGGUGUUUAGGACGAGCAAGGGCGUCGUGAGGGGGAAGAGUAUCAAGGGCGCCGAGAUCAAGUAG